AUGGCAGAGAGCCAGAGUACGAACUUGUCACUUUCAGGGGUCCGGAAUGUGGAAUUUCAUACUGAUAUCCAGACGCACUCCCCUAGUUCAACAUUAUCAAAUGAACCCAUUAAGCUCGACAUAGAGCAUGCAGUGGUUGAGGAUGAUCCUCGAAUAUGGUCAAACGCGAAAAAAACCGCUAUAUUGUUCAUUAUAUCUGGAGCCUCGAUGUUUGCAGGUUUGGCGGUGAACAUACAAAACCCCGCCAAUGCUCAAAUCGAGCAACAGCUUCACGCCAGCAGCGGAGAUAUCAGCCUGAGUUUGUCUCUGUUCAUUCUCGUUCAAGGCAAUUUUCCUGUCAUUUGGAGUGCAAUCAGCGAGAUAAAGGGCCGCAAGUUCGUGUACCUACUAUCCAUCGCACUUUUUAUAAUCGGAUCUGCUAUCGUGGCCGUGUCAAGAACUAUUGGUUUGGUGAUUGGCAUGCGAAUUGUGCAAGCCGCAGGGUCAAGCGCAGUUUUCGCUAUCGGAGCUGCCACUCUGGCUGAUAUAUACGAGCCGCAUCAACGAGGUACAAUGAUGGGUGUCUACUAUUCUGCACCUCUUCUCGGUCCCUCUUUAGGACCAAUCUUUGGUGGUGCACUCACGCAGGGCCUCAGCUGGCGGGCGGUUUUCUGGUUCUUAGUCAUCUGGGGAGGCAUAAUCUUUUUGGCGUUCCUUUUCUUGUUCAAGGACACCUUCAGGAAGGAGCGGAGUGUGACUUACCAAAACGUAUUGAAUUCCAGACUCCGAGAGCAGCGGUCAUCGGGAGCAAAGGACGAGUCGCGAAAUAUUUCCAAGUCAGAAGUAGGUGGAGAAAACCAGACGACUUUGAAAGAUGUCGAAGCACAGCGGAUGGUUAUACCAACACCAGCCAUUAAAGACAUAACACUGUCUAUGGCUGAUGUUAACCCUUUCCCUGCAUACUUCUCGAUUGUCAGCCGCAAGAACAACCUUUUUAUCUUGAUAGCAUCAGGCUUAACCUUUGCGUUUAGCUUCAGUGUUACGUAUACAUGUGCGAGAACAUUGUCGAUGUAUUAUGAUUAUGAUGCAUUGAAGACCGGCCUUGUUUUGCUUGCCUAUGGUGUUGGCUGUGUAGCCGGCAGCACAUUGGGUGGCCGUUGGUCCGAUCGGACCCUUGCUCGGCUAAAGGCCGCAAACGGAGGGGCCAGCUUUCCAGAGAUGCGCCUCGAGAGCACCAAAAUCGCCAUGUUGUGGUCACCUUUAUCUGUCAUUGGAUACGCCUGGGUGUGCCAAGAACGAGUCAAUAUCGCCGCUGUGUGUGUGAUGCUGUUCUUUGCAGGAUUUCUAUCCAUUUGGAUCUACACAAGCACACUGGCAUACAUUGUUGACGCAAACAUUGGUCGCUCAUCAAUGGCAGUAGCGACGAAUAGUUCCUUCCGUGGUCUGUUUGCUUUUGUCGCUGUCGAGAUUGCGAUUCCUUUACAAGACACAAUCGGCGACGGUGGUCUGUAUACUCUCUGGGCAAGUUUGAUUGUCGUCGCUGAGUGCAUGAUUCUGCUGGUAUUGUACAAAGGACGGAACUGGAGAGAAGCCAGUGUUGAACGGGAGAAGCAGAAGCUAGAUGCCAAGUAA